AUGGCCAGUGAACAACAGCCCCGAAAUAAGGAUAUCAAGAUCCCUGUGGAGAAUGUGCUUCCCAAGCCGACUCCCCCCCGGCCUCCCUAUACCGAGUUCUCGUCCUCCCGUCAACGGUUGAUCUUGGCCAUCAUCACCGUUGCAGGCUUCCUUGGCCCUCUGGCCGGAAACAUCUACUUACCAGCCCUUCCCAUCCUGGCCCAAGCCUUCGGGGUCAACACGACAAGGAUCAAUGUGACAGUCACCGUGUUUAUGGUGGUCUUUGCUGUGGGACCGCUGUUCUGGUCCAGCUUGGCCGACUGGAAAGGACGGAGACCCCUGUAUAUCAUCUCUCUACUCAUCUAUAUGGCAGCCAACGUUCUGCUGGCCGCUCUACCAGCCAACUAUGGCGCCCUCAUCGUUCUUCGAAUCCUGCAAGCGUUUGGGUCGUCGGCGGUCGUCUCCAUGGGCGCCGGAACUGUAGCGGAUACCACCGAGCCUAAAUAUCGAGCGCGGGCCAUGUCGUACUUUGUCUUCGGGCCGCAAUGUGGGCCGAUUCUGGGGCCGGUGAUCGGCGGUGCACUGGCGGGAAACGUCUCCUGGCGAUGGAUCUUCGGCUUUCUCGCCAUCCUAGGUUUUUGUGCAUGGCUCGUUCUCGUCUUCUUUCUCCCUGAAACGUUGCGCGCCCGCGUGGGCAACGGCGCGAUCUACACCGGUCAAUCGUGGCUGCUCUUCCCUCCCACGGUCUCCUCGCCCCUAGCUCCAGAGUCCGAUCGUGGUCCCGCACCUCCCAAGCCAAGCCUAAAAGGAUACUGGAGUCUCUUCCGAUACCCGCCCAUUGGCAUUGCCUGCGUGAACACUGCCAUUCUCUACUCCUCCUACUUUUGCGUCGCCAUCCAGUUGCCAACAGCUCUGGGGGAUGUAUAUCAUUGGACGACGACGGAAGUUGGCGCAGGAUAUCUCGUCGUGGGCAUCGCGAUGGUGAUUGGUUCGGUAUUGGGGGGACAGUUCUCGGACUGGAGGAGAGCACGCGCAGUGAGCCGCGUGGGUGAGGAGAACGUGCAUCCGGAGUCGCGCCUGGAUGAUCAAAUCUGGGGGUUGUUUUCGGCAUCGGCAGGACUCAUCAUGUUUGGCUUUUUCGUGGACUAUGCCAUUCAUCCUGUCGCCCCUCUCAUCGCCACGUUUUUGAUCGGAUUCGGCAUGUCGUGGAUGUUCGUGGCCUCCAAUGCCUUUUUGACCUCAUGUGUUCCUCAGCGGGCCGCGGGAGCAUUUGCCCUGGGCAAUAUGUUGCGCAGUCCGGCUGCGGCCGUGGCAGCCGUGAUCAUUGAACCGCUCGUCAGGCGGAUGACCUGGGGUUACUGCUUUCUGGGUCUGGGUCUGUUGGAUUUGCUCGGCAUUGGCGUCAUGCUGAUUGUUUUGCGCAUCCAUAGCCCUAGGUGGCGACAGCGAAAGUUUGCCCCGGGGGGUCCAGGGACUCCAGGGACUCCAGGGGCUUCAGGGGCUUCAGGGCCUUCAAAGGCUCCAGGGGGGCCACCGAAAGGGAAGCCAGCCAGUGGAUCGAAUAUAGUUUGA